AUGGAUAUUCUCAAGACUGAAAUCGAUCGUAAACGAAAGCAAAUUCAGGAAGUUAAGCCCGAAAACAAAAAGUAUUUCAAACGAGGCAAACUCCUUGAAAAGGAAGAAGAAAAUUACUGGAAAAAUCAUGGAUCCAGACAGCGGAACUUGUCAGUGAACAUGACAUUCAGCCAUUUAAUUACUGAGAAAGAAAUCAACGGCCUUUUGCAGGGUGAAAAACACUCUUGUGAGCAAAAUAAUAAACCAGAAUCAAGCUCUGAUGACUUAUCACGAGCGGAAGUCAUUAAGAGGUUAAGAAGUCGAAGCCAACCGAUUACACUGUUUGGUGAGACUGAACAAGCUACCCUCUUGCGUUUGCGCCAACUAGAACUUGAACAGGCAUGUUUUCGCCCUGAUAUGAAAGAAGGAUGGAAAAAUGAUUUUCAGUCGGCUAUGAAAGAAGUUGAUCAUGAAUUGAUAGAAGAAGUUAUUAAAGGGAAACAGCAUAUUGCGAGUAAGCAUGAUGUUGUAAUGCCUAACUGUGGAGAUACAAGUUGGGAGAGAAUCGAAGCAAAUGCACGAUUACUGGGCGAAGGCGAUGAUCCAAACAGAGAUUGUAGCGUUAUUCAUGAAUUUUUCUUGUACAUUUUAACUCGAUGGGGCAAGGCUUUGAAUGCUCGAGAGGAAUCUGAAAAGAGAUCAGCUGAAGGAAAGUUGGCAGCAACGAUGCAUAAGCAAACUAUGGAUCAUCUUCGUCCGUUUUUGAAAAAUCUGGAAAAGAGAAAUGUUAAUGCUGACAUUCGGGAACAUUUGAUAAAGAUUUGUCGUCUCAUCAUAAUUGACCGUGAUUAUAUCCAGGCAAAUAAUGCUUAUAUGGAGAUGGCAAUAGGCAAUGCUCCAUGGCCUGUUGGUGUGACUAGAUCUGGUUUACAUCAACGACCAGGUUCAGCAAAAGCUUACGUUUCAAAUAUUGCACAUGUAUUGAACGAUGAAACACAACGAAAAUACAUACAGGCUUUUAAGAGGAUAAUGACAAGAUGUCAAAAAUAUUUUCCGACAAAUCCAAGUAAGUGUGUCGAAUAUGUGCGAGAAAAUGAAGACAAGAAAGAAUAUUAG